AUGACUUAGGUUACCUAAGACCCAUGUUUAGAAUAUCUGGGUAUUAUGAUAAUUUGAUUAUUUUUAAGACAAAGCUUAAGAUAUAACUUAAGUGCAAAUCUAAUAAUAGAGAUAACUAAUUACAAUAAUAAGUGUAAAUGAUAAAGAUGCUAGAGAUAUAAUUUAUUAUCUGUAAGAUAGAUAGAGUAUUGAUUUAUCAAAAGUUUCUAAUUGGAAAAAAUUGAAAUAAUUUUUAUGGGGUUUACAUGAAGUGUCAAAUCCUAAUUCAUCUUUUCGAAUAUUUUGGGAAUUGAUAAGUAUGAUAUUUAUAUUCAUACAAAUGAUUUAAAUACCAUUGGUUUUAACUUAUUCAGUAGAACUUAGUGAUGGAUUUUUAGCUUUUAAUUAAUUUAUGGAUGUAUUCUUUUAUAUUGAUAUGUUAUUGAAUUUUAAAUUAGCAUAUUAUGAUAGGUAUCUUAAUUAAAUAUUAUUUUUUUAUAUUAGAGGUGAAAUCAUCUUUGAUAGGAAACUAAUAGCAAUAAAUUAUCUGAAAUUAUGGUUUUGGUUGGAUUUUUUAGCAAUUUUACCAUAUGAUUAGAUGUUUAGUGGAGAAGAUUCAUCAACUUAAUUAUUUAAGAUAGUAAGAUUAUUUAAAUUCAUAAAAAUAAUAAGAUUACUAAGAGUAUUAAAAAUAAGUAAAAUAUUGUAAAAAUUAGAAGGUAAUUGAAUAAGUAAUAUAAUAGAAUCAUUUACAUUAGCAUAAACCUUUUAAGCAGUAAUUUAAUUUUUAAAAAUUGCCUGUAUGAUUUUGAGUAUAGCACAUUGGAUAGCAUGUAUAUGGAAUAUAAUAGAAUAUGCAGAUGAAUAGGUUAGCAUCACAUGGAUGAAAAAAUAUGGAAUAGCAGAUGCAGAUUGGGAAAUUAAAUAUAUUUCAGCUUUUUAUUUUAGUGUAACAACAAUGAUUACAGUUGGUUAUGGAGAUAUAAAUGCAAAUACAUAAGCUGAAAUGAUUUUUGCAGUAUUUGCUAUGGUUUUAGCAUCUGGCAUUUUUGGUUACAGUAUGUCUAGCUUUAUGUAAAUAAUUGAAGGAGAAGAUGAAAAGAUUUAAGAAUAAAGAAUUUAGAAUUCUAAAAUUGUGAGGUUUCAUUUUAUAUAAUCAAACUAGAUAUAUCAGAUAAAAAAGUAUCCCUAAAGAAUUGUAGAGUAGAGUUAAAAACUAUUUAGAAUGGUUAGCUGGUUCUGCUUAAAUUGCUAGAAAUUACGAAUAAUAUGUAUUAAGAAGUUUAUCUGCUAAUCUCAAAACUGAAAUUGUAUGUCUAUUAAAUGGAAGAAUUCUACAUAAAGUUUAAUUAUUUAGUAAAGAAUUUACUCCAUAAUUAAUUAAUAAACUUGUUUAUGUUUUAAAUGAAUAAAUUUUGGGUCCUGAAGAAUAUGUUUUUAAAGAAAAUUCUUUUGAAAAUGAUAAAGUUUAUUUCAUUCAAAAUGGAUAAAUUAAUAUAUGUCUUACAUAAAGAGAAACUCUGAUUAAAACUUUAUAAAAAGGUGAAUAUUUUGGAGAAAUUGGAUUCUUUGGUAGAAAACCAAGAAGUGCUUCUGCUAAAACUGUAGAUUUUGUGAAUGUUAUGAGUUUAAAAAGAACUGAUUUAUGGGAUGCAGCAAAACCUUUAGAAAGUGAUUUGUUAAAAUUAUAUUAUAUGAAAGAUUGUUUAGAAGUUGAAAAUAAUCUUAAACCUUUAAAACUUAGAUGUUACAUAUGUGAUAGACCACAUCAUAUUUCAAGAAAUUGUACUGUAUUUCAUUAUAGAGCAAGUCGCAAAAACAUCAUAUUUGAAUAUUUUAGUCAUCAAAAUAGUAGAAUCAGAUUAUUUUAAAGAAGAGAAAAAAAUAAAAAAAAAGUUAAUAUUAAUUAACUUUAAAAUUUAAUUGAGCAAUAUCAAAUCAAUUAAAAUCGAAAUGAAAAGUAAUCAAAAAAUAAUGCUAAUAAUUAUAUUUUUGAAGAUGUUAAAAUUGCUUGUGAUAUAGAUCACUUGAAAGAAUAUCCAGACUUUUACAAUGAAUUCAAUAUUAGUAAUGUUGCAUAAAACAUCAAUUUUUAUGCUAGUCUUACACUAUUACAAAUGGAAGAAGAAAAAAGAAAACUUAAAGCUAACUUAAGAUUAAAUUAAAAAAGAUUAAAAAAUUAAACUUUGGCUCCUAGAUAAUCUAAAAUGACUUUAGGAAAUAUUGAAAAUCUAGUCAAUAUUUACGAAAACUAUCAAUCUUUAUCAUCUAAAAACUCAAUUAAUUUUAUUGAAAGAUCAAAAAGUAAAUCAAAAAGACUUCUUGAUAUAUAAUCUUAAAAACAGUAUUAAAUUCAAUUAUUUUAGCAUGACAAGAAGAUCUUUUACAAAUAGUAUUUAGAAAUAUUUUGAAUAAUUUAAUAAAUAACCUUCAUUUGUUGAAAAGUGUAUUUUAACCAAACAUAAAAGAAUCUCAUCAUAAACACGUUUUGUUUCUAAUUGUUAGGCCGAACUUAACAUAUUUAGAAGAGAAACUUAUAUGAAAAAGUUGAUUCCUGAACUUCUGCUUAAUUUCAAUUUAAAACAACCACAAUUUUGA